AUGCCCGCCGUCAGGAAGAAGACGAAGAAGCAGCGGCGCGAGAAACGGCAACUGGACAUUGCAAGACGGAUACUGGAGGAAGAGGCCUUUUCAACACUAACACCGCCCUUACCAGCCAUGGAUCCCCAAGCGAAACGGAACAUUGUCAUCGUCGGAGGCGCAGGUGGUGGCAUCAUCGGUUCCACAACGGCAUACUUCCUCACCAGACACCCAAAAUAUAACCCUGCUCUGCACCGCAUCACCAUCCUCGAGGCCACCGCCAUCGCAUCGGGCGCCUCUGGCAAAGCGGGCGGCUUGCUCGCCCUCUGGGCUUACCCCGCAUGCCUCGUCCCGCUGUCGUACCGCCUGCACAAGGAGCUCGCCGCGGAGCACGGCGGCGAGAAGCGGUGGGGGUACCGGAGGCUCAACUGCGGUAGCUUCGAGGCCCGCGUCACGAAGCACAAGCUGGAAACUCUGAAGCAAGCCGCCGCCAAGCCUGAAGCGGUCGCCCCCGGCGCCAACGACGGCGAGCAGGAAAAGGGGUGGGAGAGGCUCCCUAAGCAGGACGAGGCUGCCGAGGCCAUGCUGCGGGAUUCGGGCGUGCCGGAGGACCUCGACUGGAUCGACCGGGCCGCUGUCGAGACCUAUGCGGAGAUGGGUAGGCCCGGGGCGACGGAGACGGCGCAGGUGCAUCCUUACGACUUUACAACGUCGAUGGCAGCGCUGGCUCAGGAAAAAGGCGUCAAGGUGCGGACGAACGCGCAGCUGAAGAGCAUUAACUUCUCCGGCGAGGGCGGCGGCGUCAAGAGCGUCGAGUACCUCGACCGCGAAUCCAACGAGACCCGGACAAUCGACGACGUGACGGAUGUCCUGGUGUCCGCCGGACCGUGGACCGGCCGUCUGCUGCCGCGGUCCAAGGUCACAGGCCUGCGGGCCCACAGCGUCGUUUACAACGCCGACGUCAGCCCCUACGCCGUCUUCACCAGCAUCAAGCUCCCAGCUGACUUUGUGCCCGAGCACCGAGUCAGCAACGGUCAAAAGAGGAAACACAAGCGCGUCGUCGACCCGGAGAUUUACGCUCGGCCGUACGGCGAGGUCAAUUUCCCCACUCCAGGCGAACCAGACGAAGACGCACCGCUACCGGACACGGCCGACAAGGUCCAAGUAGACGAGGCCAACUGCGACGACAUCAUUUCGUACAUCGCCACCGUCAGCCCAGCCCUGGCAGCCGCCUCCAUCAAGGCAAAGCAGGCGUGCUACCUCCCACAGCACGAGUCCGGGCCCCUCAUCGGCGCGACGUCGGUGCCUGGUUUGUGGCUCGCGGCCGGCCACACGUGCUGGGGUAUCCAGAACGGCCCCGCGACGGGCAAGCUCAUGUCCGAGUACAUACUUGACGGCAAGCCCGCCAGCGCCGAUAUUUCGGAGCUGGAUCCGAGGCGGUAUAGGGUGUAG